UAACUGCACACACUUCCGCCUCCUUACUUCCCGUCGGCCCCCACGCGAGCGGAAAGGGGAGGAAACCCACCAAUCAACGAGCGCCGCCGCGGGCGUGGGGAGCUGCCGCCUUAAAGGGACCGCGCAGCGCUGCGGCAUGGCGCGGGCCGGGCACGGCGGGAGCCGGGCGGCGGCGGCGGCGCGGGGCGAGGCGGAGGAGGAGGAGGGCGAGGACCCGCUGGACGCCCGGAUCGCGCGGAGCGGCUGCCUGCAGCAGCACCGGGAGCUGCAGGAGUGCAUGGCGGAGCGGCAGGACUGGCGGCGCUGCCAGGAACCGCUGCGCGCCUUCGGGGCCUGCAUGGCCCGGCGGCAGCGGCGGCAGCGCGGGCCCGGCCCCGAGCUGGAGCCCCCGGACUGACACCGGCCCCCGGCAGCCUUCCUUCCAUCCCAGCGCCUGGAAAGCCGGGGAACUGCUGGGAAAUUAAAUCUGGAGUCUGGCA